AUGGAGACUCCCCCAGCAACGACAAAAGGGACGCCAACAGCAGCAUUAUCCACAGCAAUCGCAUCAGCAGCAACAGCAGCAGCAACAGCAGCAGACAGUGAGCACAAGCUGGCCUCUACGUCCGUGCAGCCUCGAGGCAAUUUUCUCUUGGGCAGGCGUUGUAGGCUCCAGCAGCUCGCCGCAGCAUUCCACAGCACUGGGAGCAGCACAGCAGCAGCAGAAGCAGCAACAACAGCAACAGCAACAGCACACACGAAUCUACCUAUGCGUCUCUUAGCCUCAGGACCCCUCAGAUCAAUAGCUGCUGCUGCCUUCCCCACCAGGCAGCUGUGGCUAACUGCAGCGCACUACCAGCCGCAGCAGUUGCAGCAGCAGCAGCACCUGCACCAGCAGCAGCAGCAACUGAACCAGCGGCAGCAGCAGCGGGGAGUGCACCAUAAGACAGCAGCAGCUGCGGCGCCUUCUGUAGCCCACCGCUUGCGCGCGGCUGCUAAGAUCUCUUGCUUGGGGUGGCAGCAACCAAAGCUGCUGCUGAGCAGCAGCAGCGACAGCAGCAUUUCGAGGUGGAGCCGAAGCAGCAAUGGCCACGUUUCCGCACGUCGGGCUCUGCGAGCAGCAGCAGAGGGAAGCUCGUCGAGCCAAGACCCAGCAGCAGCAAGAGCCACAACGACAGCGACAGCAGCAGCAACAGCAGCAGCUGCUGCUGCUGCUCACGCAUCGCUGUGCAGCAGAAUUACCGAGCUGAGCAGAGCCUACUACUCGGGGGAGGAGCCGCUGGCCUCUGAUGAGGAGUUCGACGCUUUAUGGCUUCAACUGCAGAGGCUGGAACAGAAGCAUCCGCGGCUCCGCCGCCCAGACAGUCCGCUGCAGCGCGUCGGCCCGGGUCCUCCAGCAGCAGCAGCAGCAGCAGGCACAGCAGCAGCAGCAGCAGCAGACUGUGAACACAUCUCGCCAGUGCUUUCAUUGGAAAGUGUCCAUUCCCCCACAGAGGCCAACAGUCUCUUCCGCAGACUCGAUAGGUUUGUUAAAAAGGCGCAGCAGGCUGGGACCAGGACCUCUCGGGGCCGACGGCGUAGGCGAGGAGACAAUUCAGAGGCCGAUGCAGCAGCAGGUGCAGCUGCAACAGCUGCUAUUGCGCCGGAGCCUCCAGCAGCAGCUGCAGCAGCUGCAGCAGCUGCUGCUGGAGGCGCCGGCGAAACAGAACGCGCAGCAGCACCUGCAGAAGGUGCAGCAGGGGCGGAUGUGUUUGCUGCGGCUCUGCUGGUGGAGCCUAAAAUCGAUGGCCAGAGCGUCUCUCUGACCUACGAACUUAUCACCAGCAGCAGCAGCAACGACAGCAGUGGCAACAGCGACAGCAGCAACAGCAGCAGCUGCAGCCACAGCCCUAGCAGCAGUGACAGCACCAACAGCAGCAGCAAAUGCAGCAGCAGCAAAUAUGUGGCUCGGUACCGGCUGGUGCGGGCCUUAACGCGAGGGGACGGGCGGCGGGGUGAAGAUAUCACAGCGAAGGCGCUGCAGAUGGGGAGGAGGGGGGCCCUGCCUCUGGUGAUAGAAGUCUCGUCGUCAUCAGCAGAAGCAACAGAGAAAGCAGCAGCAGGAGCAGCAGAGACAGCAAAAGCAACAGCAGCAGGUGCAGCAGCAGCAGCAGCAGGGUCGCAGGCGGAGUGUCUGCCGCAGCAGCUGGAGGUGAGGGGGGAGGCGUUUGUGAGUUUGGCAUCUCUCCAGAAAUUAAACAGAGACAGAAAUGCGAAGGGAUUGAAGCCAUUUGCUUCCUCCAGACAUGCUGUGGUCGGACUACUGCGCCGUCUGGAGGCAGCGGGGGAGGAGGGGGGAGACGCCGUCCGCUUUUGUGCCUACGGGCUGGUGGGGUCCCCUGGCGGUGGGGUGACUGUACACCCCACGGCCUGUAAGGUGGCGAGCGAGAGCAGCAGCGCACCAGGAGGUGCUUCUGCUGCUUCAACAGAGGCAGCAGCUGCUGCUGCAGUAGGCGCUGCUGCUGCUGGGGUGUCUACGCAGCUGGAGCUGCUGCAGCGGCUGCAGCAGUGGGGCUUUGACGUCCCUCUGCGGCACUCCGUUGUGGUGUACAGACACAAGGAGGCUCUCGGGGCAUUUGAAGAGCAAAGUAAAGCGCACGAGCAGUAUAUCUCGCGCCUGCAACACGUCUUUAGAGGCGACGAUGCUGCUGAUGCUGCUGCUGCUGCUGCUUCUGGUGCGGCAGCUUGCCCUGCUGCAUCUGCUACUUCGGACCAUUCUGGAGCCUCAGGUAUCGCAGCGUCUCCUGGCGGGAGCGACGCUGCUGCAGCAGCAGCAGCACUUACUGAUCCUGCUGCUGCCGAGGGGCCGAGGGCUGUCAGGGUUCCUGUGCCUCUUGAGGAGAUCCCUUGCGACGGCGUUGUCUUUAAGGUGAAUCUGCUGAUGCUGCAGCAGCAGCUUGGCAGCACAGCGCGUGCACCUCGAUGGGCCUUCGCUUUGAAGUUUGCUGCAGCAGAAGCAACGACAUCAGUUGUGGGUGUGGAGUGGACAGUUGGGUCUUCAGGUGUAUGUACACCCGUGGCUCUGCUGCAGCCGGUGCUGCUGGGAGGCGUCUCCCUCUCUCGGGCUUCAUUGCAUUCUGCCCAGGAGCUGCGACGGAAGGAUAUCCGCGUUGGUGAUCGGGUGCACGUACACCUCAGAGGGGAGUCGGUACCUCAUAUUGCAGCAAUCGAUAGACAAGCGAGGAAGAAAGAGGCUGCUCCUCUCCCUCUCCCCUCUCGAUGCCCAUCUUGCGGCAGAACCCUCAUAGAACGACCAAUGCCUGCAGACAAAACUCGCACUACAAGGCAUCGGCAAAGAGCAGCUAAAGAUGCAGCUGCGACUGCGACUGCUGCUGCUGCUGCAGGCGGUGGUGUCGCUGGUAGUGCUGCUGCUGCUGCUGCUGCAGGUCGGGAGGGGGCUGAUCCAGAGAGGGAGGAGGUUCAGGGAGUUUUGUGGUGCCCUGGGGGUUGGGCUUGUGGCUCUCAGCGGCUGCAGCGGUUGCUGCGUUUCUUCUCUCGUGAGGGGGUUGGCGUGUCUGGGCUGGGGCCCCGUGUGUUAGGUUCGCUGAUAGCUGGAGGGUACGUGGGGGCCCCCAGCGAUGCGUUUUACUUAGCUGAGGUGGAUAGGCAGCGCGUAGCAGCGGGAGAGAGGGGCCUCGCAGAUUGGCCAGGGUGGGGCCCCCAGGCUAGGGACGCCCUCUUCAAAGAAAUCGAACACAGGAGACAUAAAGGCGUCCUGCUGCAGCAGCUCCUCUUCGCUUUAGGCGUCCCAGGCAUGGGCAGAAAGGCAGCAGCAGCGGUGGCGCAGAGGGCCCAAACCCUAGGCGGGUUCAUCGCACUGCUCGACUGCUUGGGGGCCCCCCAGCAAACAGCACAUCAGACACAGGGGGGCCACCCAAACCCCCAACAGGAGCAAGGAGACAACCAGAAACGGCAGUUAGCACAGACAGCAGAGCAAAACCUUCAAGCCAGCACAACACGCGCAAGCAUCAAAGGCGAUCCACUGACACAGCAACUCACAUACCCGCCACAGACCCUUACAUCCAGCUUUCAGGGGCCGCAAGGCCCUCCAGAGGGACUCGGGGGAUCCCAGGCGGGCCCCGGGGAACCCCCGGAGGGCCUCGGGCCCCCCUUUGGCUUAGGAGUAGAUUGGGUUGGUGAUAUCGAGCCGGCGUUGCUGGAGGAGCUACGGCUGUUUGCACGGGAUGGGAGGAACAGACAGCAACUGCUGCAGGUGGCAAGAGCAGUGCCUGUACACCCAGUUGCUACAGGAGGGGGGGUUGUUUCUAACGUAGACUUUCCGGCCUCCUCCGAGGCCCCUCUUUGUGCCGAGGGGUCCUCACCUCGUGUCCUUAACCCAGCACAGCAGCAAACAGCUGCGGCUGUACCACCGGAACAGCAGCAGCAGGAUCAGCAGCAGCUGCAGCAGCUGCAGCAGCAGCAGCAGCUGCUGCUGCUGCCUCACUUGCAGGGCCUCCCCACAACCAUCUUCCGCGCUCCGCGUCCCCUGCGCACCUCCAGCAACCGCUCGCUGCCUUUUCCUUCACCGCUAUUCCAGUCGAUGCGCCGCCGCAUAUCUUCGCGGGACGGAUUUUCGCGCAGCAGUUCGCAGCAGUCUGACAAGCAGCAGCAGCAGCAGCAACAACAGCAACAGCAGCAGCAGCAGCAUGAACAGCAGGAGCAGCAGCAGGCAUCUGAUCCGGCGCAGCAUCAGGAUGCGGCAACAGGGGCAACAGCAACACCGGGUGCUGCUGCAGCAGCAACAGAUAAGGCUUCUACAUCAAGCGCUACAUUCAGCUCCGGCGGGAGGAGCUGUUUUUCUUUGCUUUCGUCUGUCUCUUUCAGUAGCUGA